GAGUGAGUGAGUGGAACUUGAAGGCUUCCCGAAAUGGUCCAGGCAGCAAACCACCCAGGCAGAUACCGUACACUUUCCCACGUUAAACAUGAAAUAGAUUCCCUUCACUCUUCCCUUCUCUCCCCUUUCAAUCAAUAAUUCACUCUAAACACAUUCAAUCAUGGCCGACAGUAACCCACCCCGAGACGAUGAAGUAGGCGAGGAGGAAGAGGAGGAGAUCGAUGAGACUAACUACAAAACUGUGAAAGAUGCCGUGCUCUUCGCUAUCGAAGUCAGCGACUCGAUGCUCAAGCCUCGCCCAUCUUCCGACCCCAAGAAACCCGUCGAAGAAUCGCCGGCCACGGCAGCCUUGAAAUGCGCAUACCAUUUGAUGCAACAACGCAUUAUUUCCAAUCCCCAAGACAUGAUGGGAGUUCUUCUCUACGGGACGCAGGCGUCCAAGUUCUACGAUGAAGACGAGGGCAGCCGAGGCGACUUGUCGUACCCUAACUGCUACCUCUUCACAGACCUCGACAUCCCGUCUGCACAGGAGGUCAAAGACCUUCGAGCACUGGUGGAAGAUGAAGGAAAGGCUAGAGAAAUUCUUGUGCCGGCAGAGAAGCCCGUGUCGAUGGCGAAUGUUCUAUUCUGUGCCAACCAAAUAUUCACGUCAAAAGCGCCCAACUUUCUCUCGCGCCGAUUGUUCAUAGUCACCGACAACGACAAUCCCCACAGCGAGGACAAAGCCCUACGGUCCGCCGCAACGGUACGAGCCAAGGAUCUGUAUGACCUCGGUGUCACCAUCGAGCUCUUUCCGAUCUCCCAGCCGGACCGCGAGUUUGACAGCUCCAAAUUCUAUGACGAUAUCAUUUACAAGACCUCUCCCAAUGACCCGGAGGCCCCUGCGUAUUUGCAGCUUGAUUCCAAAGCCUCUACGGCGACUGGUGAUGGGAUUUCACUCCUCAAUACCCUACUGUCCAGUGUCAACUCCAGAUCCGUUCCUCGGCGGACGCAUUUCUCUAACAUGCCGCUCGAGUUUGGCCCCAACCUCAAGAUCUCCGUCUCGGGCUAUAUCCUCUUCAGAAAGCAAGCGCCCGCGCGAAAUUGCUAUGUCUGGCUUGGCGGGGAGAAGCCCGAAAUCGUCAAAGGAACCACCACCCAAAUUGCCGAUGACACGGCGCGCACGGUGGAGAAAUGGGAGAUUAGGAAGGCCUACAAAUUUGGCGGCGAUCAGGUCCUCUUCACCCCCGAGGAGCAGAAGGAACUCAAGAAUUUUGGUGACCCUGUCAUCCGCAUCAUAGGCUUCAAGCCGGCCUCUGCGCUUCCCUUCUGGGCGAACAUGAAACAUCCUUAUUUUAUCUAUCCGUCAGAAGAGGAUUAUGUGGGCUCGACCCGUGUGUUUUCUGCGUUGCAUCAGACGCUUUUGCGGCAGAAGAAGUUGGCCCUCGUCUGGUUCAUCCCACGUCGGGCUGCAAACCCGGUCCUUGGGGCCAUGAUUGCCGGAGAAGAAAAGGUCGAUGAGAACGGCGUGCAAAAGUAUCCGCCCGGCAUGUGGAUCUUGCCACUGCCGUACGCCGACGAUGUUCGCCAGAACCCGGAGACUACCCUCAAUGUGGCCCCAGAACCGUUGAUCGAUCAGAUGCGUGUUAUCAUUCAACAGUUGCAGCUUCCCAAGGCCUGCUACGAACCUUCAAAAUACCCUAAUCCUUCAUUACAAUGGCACUAUCGCAUCCUUCAAGCAUUGGCUCUGGACGAAGAUCUUCCCGAGAAACCCGAAGACAAAACCGUGCCGAAAUAUCGACAGAUUGACAAGCGCGCCGGGGAUUAUGUCUUGUCAUGGGCCGACGAGCUCGAGAAGCAGUACGCCAAGGUCGCGGUCGAGAAACCCGCCCACAGCACCGUUGUCAAGAGAGGAGCCAGGGACAAGGGCCCCGACAAUGACGAGGAAUCCAGCAAGCCAGCUAAAAGGGUCAAGGUGGAAGCGGAUAACAACCUCGAGGAUGAAGUGCGAAGACAUUACCAGAAGGGGAACCUGUCCAGGCUUACGGUCAACAUCCUUAAGGAUUUUCUUACGUCCCACGGACGUUCCGGUGUGGGGAAGAAGGCGGAUCUUAUUGAUCGCGUGGUGCAAUUCCUGGAGUCUUGAAGUCAGAUGGGCAGGGCGUGAUCUUGGAAUAGUGGUUGUAGACAUGCCCUCAACUGGUGGCGAGAAGAGGCUCUCAUGUAAAUUACUACACUGUCAAGUAGGACAGGUCAAAUCUGGAAACGCCGAUCAUGCUUACCGC